AUGACUACUAAAAGAGAAGCGGAGCUUGCGGAAGCGGCAUAUCCAGUGCUUUCAGACGUCCUCGACAGUCUCACAGAGGCGAUUGUACAGCAGAACAAGGAGGGAAUUCCACCGAGCACUGACGACAAUGUCCAGUCAAUCCUGUCUCAUGACAACGAUGUGAAGAAUGUCGCGGCCAAAGCUCACGACCUCCAAAUUCGCUUCGAGUCACUGGGUCAAGAGAUAACCUCAUUCGGAAAGAGCCUCACCAAAGCCCCCAAAAGGCACAACAAGCUGGUCAAGAAGGGCCAGUGGCUGAAGCGGGAAAUCGACCAGAACAAGGCGGAAAUCCAGCUCCUGGAAGACGACAUUGCUCAAUCCAAGUUUCAUGAUGUGACUAUUGAGUGUAUCCUCCAGAGGGAUAGUUUUCCGGAGAGAUGCGCCAAGGCGAAUGUCCAGAAAAGGAAGUUCAAAAAGAUGAUGGAGGAUACGGACAGGAUCAUCGAGGCCCACGAAGCAGAGUGA